AUUCACAAAUUCUUCGCUUCUUUUAUUUUUGUUUACUUUUUCCUUACAAUUGUACUUAAAUUUGAUGUGUUAAUUUAUAAAUCUUAUCUCAGAGUAGCCAUAACUUUUAUACGCGGUUGAAAAAAAAUAAACGAUAAGUAAAGCGAAAGAAAACUUUAAGAGGAUUAUACAUCAAUACUGAUAAAGAUUGUUAUGAAAGAAGAGAAAUAUAGUAACAAGAGCCUUAGCAGUGACAUUGAAGUAGUAACUUGUGAUGCACCACUGAUGGAUCAUAAAAAAUCUAGAUAUCCUUUCUGUAUUGUUUGGACCCCUCUUCCAAUGAUCACAUGGGUUUGCCCUCUGAUUGGACACAUGGGUAUUGCCAUGUCUUCUGGAGUGAUCCGUGACUUUGCUGGACCUUACUAUGUAUCUGAAGAUGAUAUGGCUUUUGGAAAACCAACAAAAUAUUGGCAGCUUAGUCCAGAUAAAGCUAGAGGCGGACGGUCUGGUUGGGAUGCAGGUGUGACUGAAGCAUCAGAAAUUUACAAAGAACGGAUGCAUAAUAUAUGUUGCGACAACUGUCAUUCCCAUGUUGCAUGUGCUCUGAAUAUUAUGCAAUAUGAUGGAAGUACAUCUUGGAACAUGGUAAAAUUGUGGUUUUAUAUGUUAGUAUAUGGAAAAUAUGUGAGUUUUUAUGGCCUUUUGAAAACAUGGCUACCAUUUCUAAUUUUUGCUGGAUCUCUCUUAACUAUAAUAAUGUUAUUGCAUUAUCUUUAAAUGAUAAAUAGUCUGGAUGAAGCUGUUAUUAAUGAUAUAAAUAUUUGAACUCUGAUUAUUGUUAUAUUAAUUUUAGAAGUAAUUUUUUUUAUUGAUGUACAAUUAUUAUUCUUGAAUAAUUUGUUUUAGUGUAUUAGAUUAUUUUUAUUAUCAUCAUAUGUGCUUUAAGGUUUCCUAUAUUUUUUAACAUUAAUUUAUAAAUAUUUAUAUUUUAUUAAAUUAUUCUAUCAUGGAUUUAUGGUGAUAUUUAGUUAAUAUCUUGUAACAAUACUAGUAGUUAAUAUUUAUUUCAAAUAUUUGUUUAGUCAAGAUAUAUUUAAUUUAUUGACAAUAGAAAUGAAAGAUAUAACAUUCAUUUCACAACAUUAUUCCAAAGAAUAAUUUCCUGUUUAUUAAGAAAUGUAUAUAAAACAUCAUCCUGUGUGUUCAGAAAUGUAUGUUAUGCAUAGUAUUUUAUAUUGAAAGUUUUUCCUCAUUUUAUCUAUAAAUCUAAAAUAAUUUCUUACAAAUGUUUUUAUAUAUGUCAUAUGAAAAUUAACACAUUAAUUGCCAUAGGAGGUAUUAGUGACUGACAAAGACUGUUCUUUUAGUUAUUUUUCAGCAUUGUCAGUCACACUUUGUGUUACACUAUAUAAAGUAAAUCUUCUGCAAUAUGGCUUAAGAUUUUUAUUUGAAAGAAAAAUAUGUGCUCAUUUCUUGUAAAAUAACUCCAUUAAUGUUGUGGCACUGUUAAAUGUAUAUAAAAAAGUUUUUUUUAAUAAAUUAUAAGAUAUUAAUUAUUAUGUUGAUAUAUUCUUGCAGAAUAAACAUGAAAAUAUAUUGCAACCACAUUAUAUAAAAUUCUAUGGCGAUCAAUGUGUUAAGAAUCAGAUUCCGAAGAUUGUACGUUUUUAUUCGUUUUCUUGUGAUGAAUGAUGGUGUGUUAUUUAUUUUUGGUUCAUCAUUGAAGAUUAUUUAGAUUUUAUUAUUUAUUGCUGAAAAUGUUAACUCUAAAAAAUAUUCAGAUGUUCAAUUUAUUUGUAGAACCAACAAAUGUUUAUUGACAUCAUUUAAAUAUAUUUUUCCCAAUCAAAGAAUUUUAUAACCAUUCUAUUAUAAAAGUAUAUUUGUAAAUAGUGUUAAAAUUGUCUAAAAAAUUUAUUAUGUAAAUAUGUUGUUAAAUAAAAUAAUUGUAUACCACCAAGGAAUCUCUCGGAUUUCAUGAGGUUCAAGCAUAGAGGUUAUUUAUAUAAAAUUUGUGCAGUAGUAAGUCAUAUAAAUUAAAGAUGAUAUUUUAUAUGUUCAGUAAUUAAUAAUUGCUUCUAACUAUUUCAAUCUUGAGUUGCUAAUUACAGCUGCAAUUCUUCACAACAUUUCUCAAAAUGUUCUGAAAUUUUUUUGUUAAUCUGGCUUAUAUUAUCAAAAAGUGUAGAACGAGAAAUAAAUGUUUA